AGAGGAGCUGCUGCAAGUAGAGAUAAAGUAGAUAUAUUUAUAUAUACUGUAUGUGUGAAGAAGAAGCUGCAGGUGGGAUUUAGUUCAUGCUGACUUUACUGAGAGUUGCUGAUCUCUUCAUGUCCGGACUGACAGACAGACCGUGAACGCAUCACCUGGAGUUUUUAUAAUCUUUUUAUUCUCUUUCAUCAUAUUUACUUUUUCUGCUCUUCACAUCAGCACAUGGAUUCAGCAGAUGGUCAGCGGGGGCGGGACGGCGGCACUCAGAGGCGUUCCCCUCUCGACCUCAUCAUGAACCAGAUCCGCAGGAAGCGCACGGCCGCAGACAGGAAGCCGCUGGGACGCUUCCUGUCCCGAGACCGGACGGGGAUCCCUGAGGAUGGAGAGGCGGAGGUCAGGGAGGAGAGAGGUCAGAGCUCAGGCGUGGCUGAGGCAGCGGAGGGCGAGCGAGACGCCGGCUGGGGUCGAGUGUGUGUUUUCCUGCAGAGGUUGGGGAAGAAGGCGGACAGCCGGAGCCUCAGUCUGGCUCACUGUGACCUCACAGCCACAGACCUGCUGGAGCUAGCGACGUUGCUCCAGUUUCUCCCUCAUCUGGAGGAGGUGGACGUCUCCUGGAACGAGCUGAUCGGCGGGUGUCUGACGGCGCUGACCUCUCACCUCCAGCAAGUGGGCAGCAUCAGAUCGCUGAGGCUCUGCAGCUGCAGGCUGAACGCUGAUGACGUCACUGCGCUGGGUGAAGCUCUCAGCAGCGUGCCUCUCUUGGAGACCCUCGAUUUGUCCUGGAACAGCGGCGUCGGGGGCGGCGCUUUGCAAGGCCUGCUGGGUAAACUUCACCCACCACUGAGGGAGCUCCACCUGGUGGCCUGCCAGCUCACUGCAGCUGAUGCUACUGUACUGGGAGGAAUGCUGUUUGCUCUCCCCAGACUCGGUGUGUUGGACGUCUCCUGUAAUCCUCAGCUCACACAGGAAGUUGAUGCCGACAGCUUCAGAGCGCUGGCCGCCUCUCUCUCUCACGCCACCUCCCUCGCCACGCUUCGACUACAGGCCUGCGGUCUGACGGCGGACAGCCUCGAUGCUCUCGGUGAUUCGCUCCGCUGCCUCCCGUCAGUGCGAGAGUUGGAUCUGUCCUGUAACAAAAGUCUGGCUGGAGGACUGAGCCUCCUCACGCUCCACCUGGCUCACAUCACACACCUGGAGCGCCUCGACCUCCACCUCUGCUGCCUCACACACUCCGACCUGGUCGCCCUGAUCCAGGUGCUUCCUUCUCUGACGGCGCUGACGGAGCUCGACGUGUCGUCCAAUAAGGAGGCGGGGGGCGUGGUCCACCCGCUGGUCGCCGCCCUCCCUCUGACGCAGAUGAGGCGUCUGCCGCUCAACAGCUGCAGCCUGAACGAGGAGUCCUUUACUGCUCUGGCUCUGGCCGUGCCGUUCCUGCGCAGUGUGGAUGUUUCCUGGUGUAAAGUGGUUGGCGGACGUCUGGCGCUGCUGCUGGACGCCUUGCAGCCGUCGGUCAUCGUGGAGCUCCGCCUCAGCAGCUGUGAGCUCACCACUGAUGACCUGCAUCACCUAGCGUCCGUGUGCAAACGUGGCUUCCUGUCCUCUCUGCUGGUGUUGGAUCUGUCCUACAACGGCUCUGUAGGAGAUGACGGCUGGUCCUCCCUGUUCGCAGCAGGAGGCCUGGGCUCUCUGGAGGACGUCGACCUCAGCCUACGACCUUUGACCUCGGCUCCCUGCUCGGCCUGGCUGCCGGCGCUGCUCUGCGCUCUGCCUCGGCUCCCCGCGCUGGCUCGGCUGGCGGCGCAGCGGUGGACGAUGGGAUCUCGGGACAGGAAGCAGCUGAACCACAGCCUGAGGAAGAGGAGCGUCCUGCUGGAGUGGGAUCCACCGAAUACAGACGCAGCAUCUUCAUCAUGUAAGGCGACCAAUCAGGAGAGUCCUGAGGAAGGUCGUCCUGAGGAGUAGAAGGAUAUUUAUCUGAUAUUAUAUGUCACUAAUGAUUUAAUGAAGGAUUAAAAAACAUCACCAGCACUCUGAGAUUCAAACAGACACAUGACUGUGCCUUCUAUAACAGUCACGUAUAGUUUUCUAAUAUUGUGAUCAAUUUUUUUUAAAUAAAGGCCACGAUAAAACUAAUUUUAGACAUGUAGAAACUCUGGAAAAAUCAGAAAAAUUUUUUUUGUAUUUUGUAAGGCUUGAAAACUUUUUAAAUUGGGCAAAAUAUUUUGAAAAAAUUAUCUUUAUUCUUUUUUUUUUAUUAUUAUUGAACAUUUCCAUGUAAAACAACAACACAUAAAGAAGUACAGAACACUAACUGUAACUAACGAAGGAAGCAAAAUGUAUUGAUAAAUUGAAGUAAUUAAAAUGCAUUUCACAGCGUUAUGAUACCGAUAUCAUGUCACCUGAUCUGAUAUAUUUUGUUGUAAAGAAUAAUCACUAACUGUGGAUUGAUUACGGCCUAAUUUAUAUUCACAUUGUCCAGAUAAUUUUGUAAAACAUACAUUUUACUAUGAACUAAAAUCCUCAUAUUUGGUUAAAAGACAUAACGAAGGGCUGGCAGAUGUGGCUGAAAUCAACAUUAAUAUUUAAAUAUGUUUUUUGGUAUUUAUAUGUAAGAUAUGGCAUUCAUAAUAAUUAUAAAAUAGUCAACUUAAUGUACUGUGUUCUUCUAUUUGUGUCAACAAGUUCAUUGGACAAGUGUUCAAACUGUAUCUGCCGAGGAACAUUUCUUUUCUACGACCAGUUUGAGCUCAUCUCAUUCGUUUUUAAUUGUAGUUUGCUUGGAAAUACUAAUUUGGACGACAGAUAUGAUUAAAUAAUCAUAUCACGAUAUGCUGAAAGUCGAUAAAAAAUAAUAUUGAGUUUUCUGGUUUUAUAAAACAUGUGACGAACUGAAUACUUGAACUAACAGCUUUCUUUUACAAGCCUUAAAUUCAUGCACUAAACAUUUAAAUUUAAAUUUUGGAUGCAAUUUUAAUUAAAAAAAAAUCUCUCAUGCAACAGAUUGUCUUUUGAAAAAUGUCCGGACACAAAAGUCUGAAAAAUGUCUGAAAAAAGA